UGAAUCCAUUAUGUUCCAUGUUCCUGUGUCCAGGGUUUGGAGUGGCCUGCCACCUUGGGAUCCUCACUGAUCUCCCAACAAUCGGAGUGGCCAAGAAUUUGCUCCAGGUGGAUGGACUGGAAAAUAAUGAGGCACACAAGGAACAGGCAAAACAGUUAGAUGAUGGAGGAGAAUAUUUCCACCUGAAGGGCAGCUCUGGCCAAAUCCUGGGUGCGGCAUUAAAAAGCUGCAAAAAAAGCUCUAAACCCAUCUACGUCUCAGUCGGCCAUAAGAUAGGUUUGGACACAGCCAUGAAUGUGGUCCGUUCUUGCUGCAAGUACAGAGUUCCUGAGCCCAUCAGACAGGCUGACAUACGCUCCAGAGAAUUUUGUGUUAAGAUCACUAAUAAAGGCAAAGCAGAAACUAUGGAACCUCAAGACAGCCUCAGUUAG